AUGAGUGGUGCCCAAGACUCUGCCAUUGUCAGGGCGAUCGCCCCCAAGGUGACGCUAGCUGACUGGCGCAGUCUGGGCAGGAGCGGUGGGCACCCCCACCCCCAGCGGCACCGGGAGCUCCAGGUUUUCCUCAGUCUUCUGGAACACAGUUUCCUCCAGGAAUUCCUCUCCAAAGACCCUUGUUUCCGGAUUUCUGAUAAGCACCUCCUCGCCAUGGUGCUGCUCUACUUCCGGCGAGCCAACCUGACGCUCAGCGGCUACACCCCCGGCAACCUGCUCCUGGCGCUGUACCUUGCAAACGACAUGGAGGAAGACUAUGAAGACCCCAAAUGUGUGAUUUUUCCAUGCAAAGACUGGCCACAGCGGAUGACGGGCUUCCUGUGCCAGAGGGACCAGCUGUGGGCACGGACACUUCGGGCCAUGGUGAGCCAGCAGUGUCGCGAGGAGGUCAUGGCCAAGGAGCCGUCUCACUGGGCCUGGGCCAGGGCGCGGCGCCCCCCUCACGGUGGGGCUCAGAGGGGCUGCCCGAAGGCCCAGGCUCCCCGGCCGGGCCCUGGCCUCUCACCGCCCCUCUGCUCCCGCUGUGGGGCUGAAGACCCCUUCAUCCUUCGGCCCGAGCUGCACUGGGGCCAGGCGUCUACACCCUCCACGCUGUGUGAGCUCCGAGGCUCCUCCCUGAGCCUCAGUCCGUCCUCUGUCCUCUCCCCCGAGUCCUCCCGAAGCCCCCCCCCAGGCCCUGACACUGACAGGGUGAAGCCCUGCCUGCCGCCUGCCAGCCCAGCGCUCUGCUGGCUGGGACACCAGUGGCCCCAGCCUCCGGCUGGCAGCACUGCCCACAUCCCCUCCUCCCUGCAUCGUGUACCCCUCUGA